AUGAAGCGAUAUUCGUUGCUUCUGCUGGUGACCAUUUUGCAGGUGUUCUUCUUUGGAAGCAUCUUUGCUCAAAAGGAUACGAAAAAGCAAAAGCUUCUGAAAUUAGCCAAAGAAAACAACGGCCUUGUCCAUCUUAAUUCGAGAAGUUACAGUCAGUUCACCGAAGGCAGACGCAACUAUGGUAUUGUCGUGCUUUUGACCGCACUGGACGAUCGUUUCCGCUGUAUACCUUGCCGUGAAUUUGAUCCGGAAUACCGACUUGUCGCUUCCAGUUAUCAGAAAACCCAGGAUCCCUCACGAGUAUUUUUUGGUCGACUGGAUUUUAACGACGGUCAAGAGAUAUAUCAAAAGCUGGGUUUGCAAACCGCACCCAAUGUCUUUUACUUCCCUCCGUCCGACAGCGGCGCGAAAAAAGAACCCAUCAGAUAUGACAUUGCACGAAGUGGAUUCACCGCUGAAACAUUUGCCGAAUUUUUGACUGGAGAAACGGGAGCCACUGUGCCUGUGCACCGUCCCUUUGAUUAUUUCAAAGCGGGUGUCAAGAUUUUCAUGGUGUUGGGUCUUGCUGCCUCGAUUAAAUUGGCUUAUGCACACUUGGGAUUCAUUAUAUUUCAUAAGAACACCUGGGCGGCCAUUUCCAUCAUUAUCGUCUUGGUAAUGACUUCAGGUCAUAUGUGGAACCGUAUUCGCAAUCCGCCUUACGUGAUGCCAGGUCCCAAUGGAAAAAUCAACUAUGUCGCCAAUGGAUUCACUCAACAGUUGGGCAUGGAAUCACAAAUCGUCGCCAGCAUGUAUGGCGUGCUUGCUUUUGCAGUCGUCUCACUGGCGGUGUCGGUUCCCAAAUUUGAUGAUAAACUGCGUCAACGAAUUGGCGUGUAUAUCUGGAUGGGCUGUAUUAUUAUAGUCUUCAGUUGUUUGGUAAAUAUGUUCAAGCUUAAGAAUGGUAGUUAUCCAUUCAGUCUUCUUUUCUGA